AUGUUAGACUCCGAGUCUGAGGCCACUAGGACCGCAUUUCCCGAUAGUUCAAGGACUUCCCAGCAGUUAUCCGCGAGGGGUAUCGCUGAAUUGACGCAUUCGACUUUUAAACCCUCACAGACAGUCCCAGUUCCAGUAGACCCACGGCCUAUUUCUCAGCCUCUUUGGAUCGGUGUGCAGGUAUAUGGGUUCUUGGGUCUAGGGAUUGUAGGAUGCGUCAUAGUGGUUACCUUUUCGUGGUAUCUGUACUCGGUGGUAUGGCAGAGGAGGAUGCAGGAUAUGCCUGAUGACUUGGAAAGAGAUAUAGACUUUCAAAUGGCAUCCCAAAAUCUUCCUCGGCGUCGAGUUUACACUGUACAGGCAUAUUCGGGCAAGAAGGCUCAUAGGAACGACUUCAAACGGGAGGGGGAGCAGUCCUUAACGCCCGGUCGAAACUCCGAGCUUAGCUGGGACAAGCAGAGGGUCAGCUGGGCGUCUUCUAUUGCCACCGUGCAGAACGAGAAGUCCCAGGGAACACCUCCAGGUCUGAAACGUCGUCCCUCGUUGUUUCCUCCCUCCGGUUCUUCGGAUAAACCUCUCAAGGGUAUUCUUCGGCAUUCGACAGGGGAUAGCGAGGCAAAGGAGAUAGAUGGUCUACUAGGAGAGGCGACACCUGCGACACCUUCUAUUGCUGUUGUGCCAAGGGCCUAUACCGAGCCGCCAAGGCACGAGACGCACAUCGAGAAUCGGGCGCUUAUUGGGAAUGACCUCAUUGGGACGACGACACCUGCUGACACGGCGCGUUGGGCUCGUCCAAGCAAUGCGGAGGACGAAGAUGGACAUCAAGAUCACAUAGACGGCACGAGUAUCUACUUUGGAAAUAGAUUUGGAUAG